UCAUUACCCAUCACACUAAAUUCAUUGGCUAUCGAUUACCAGAUGGUACAAUCUCUAUUGCCCGGACAACUACCCGACUCGAUCACUUCACUCUUUUUCACGUAUGGCCCCAAUGCACCGAUAACAUCACCUGACAUCCUUCCCAAGUCUUUGACAUCUCUAAUAUUGGGCAAUUCGUUCAAUCAGGUGUUGCAUCCUGGUACCUUACCACAAUCACUCCUGACGCUUGAACUGGGCGACGAAUACAAUCAACCAUUGGGGCAUGGCACACUUCCCAACUCAUUGUACUCACUUAUCAUACGCUAUUCAUUUAGUCAAACAAUCGAAUGUGGAGUACUACCAGAGUCACUCAAGUUGUUGAAGCUGCUGAGCUUCGUCUUGAAGCCCAUCCUACCUGGAUCCCUCCCUCAAUCUCUCACCCACUUGGAGAUUGACCAUCUCACCUCUUCUAUUGAACCAGGAGUCAUACCCCGCCAAUCACUCAAACAACUAAUCCUACGAAUCUAUCAAACCGAUCAGAACUGGCCAGAUAUCCUCCCUCCAACACUAACAUCACUGUCAUUGGACACGUACACCAAAAAUGUGCUGCUCAAUGGUACAAGUACUUUGCCAUCACUCACAGAACUAACUUUCCCAUUCUAUGGUGACCUGACUUCUGUUCCCAGCGAUCUCCAUGGCAGGCUCAAGGUACUAAAGUUUGGAACUCACUUUGAUCAGGUGUUGACCAAGGGUGAUCUACCAAUCACUCUGACCAAGUUGGACUUGGGAAUGCACUUUAAUCGACCACUGGACGAGGGUAUCCUGCACGAGGGCAUCAUCAAGCUAUGCAUUGGAAAAGGUUUCCAACAAUCACUGGACUCUGUACAGUUACCAUCCACUAUCCAAACAUUGUCAACAUUCACAUUCAAUCAAAGUCGAUAUGUUGAGUGUAUUGCAUGCCAACCGAUGUCGUCAACUUUGAUGAUGACUAGUGUGAAGGUACGAAUUAGGGAUUAUAUCAUCCCGGAAAUGGUUAGUAGACAUCCUGAACAAAUGGAUAUGGUGACUUCGGUCAGGUUGAAGGAGUUAAAUGUCAGAUUCUUGUUGGAGAAUGAUGUCAAGACCUUUAUCAAAAUGAUUAUGGACAAGGCUCCACAUGUGGAUACAUUCAAUCUUUACAACAAAACAUAUGACACACGAUUCACACUUCGAAGGAUGGAUAACAAUCAACAAUCUAGUACUUCACUCUUAAUCAUCAGUAGACAUAAUGCCACGCUACAUAAUCCACAUGAUCCUCCCAAGUUAUUU